GAGGAGGAGGAGAGGAGGAGGAGGAGGAGGAGCAAGAGGAUUUCAAUGAGAAGGAGGAGGAGGAGGAGGAGCAAGAGGAGAGGAGCAAGAGGAGGAAGAGGAGGAAAGAGGAGGAGAGGGAUGAGGAUGAGGAGGAUGAGGAGGAGGAUGAAGAGGAGGAAGAGGAAGAGGAGGAUGAUGAGCAGGGGGGAAGAAGGAGUUGA